AUGAUCGGUGGUGUUUUUAUCUACAAUCACAAGGGUGAAGUUCUUAUAUCACGUGUUUAUCGUGAUGAUAUCGGACGUAAUGCUGUCGAUGCCUUUCGAGUGAAUGUAAUUCACGCUCGUCAACAAUCACGUUUUCCAGUGGUUAACAUAGCUCGAACGAGUUUCUUCUAUACUAAACGUUCAAACAUCUGGCUAUGUGCAGUGGCUAAACAGAAUAUUAAUGCAGCUAUGGUCUUCGAAUUCUUAACUAAAAUGAUCGAUAUCAUGCAAUCGUAUUUUGGUAAAAUCAGCGAAGAAAAUGUUAAGAAUAACUUCGUUCUCAUCUAUGAAUUAUUGGAUGAAAUACUUGAUUUUGGUUAUCCGCAAAACAGUGACACAGGUGUAUUGAAAUCUUUCAUAACUCAACAAGGUGUUCGACCAGUUACACGAGAAGAACAAACCAAUGUGACUUCAGCUGUCACUGGACAAAUCGGUUGGCGACGUGAAGGUAUAAAAUAUCGUCGAAACGAACUAUUCCUCGAUGUUAUUGAAUCAGUUAAUUUACUCAUGUCCCAACAGGGUCAAGUUCUCAGCACACACGUUGCUGGUCGAGUCGUCAUGAAGAGUUAUCUAUCCGGUAUGCCUGAGUGUAAGUUUGGUAUCAAUGAUAAAAUUACCGUAGAAAAUCGAGCAAAGAAUCAAACAGAUACAUCAACCAAUGGUUCGACAAAUCCUUCAACAACCACAACAACCAAAACGGCAAUCGCUAUUGACGAUUGUCAAUUCCAUCAAUGUGUUAAAUUAUCGAAGUUCGAAUCCGAACAUGCAAUAUCAUUUAUUCCACCCGAUGGUGAAUUCGAACUGAUGCGUUAUCGCACAACCAAAGAUAUUAGUUUACCAUUUCGUGUUAUACCUCUAUCCAAUUUCAAACCAACAUUGAUUGGACAAAAGAUUGAAAUACGUAUUCCUACACCGCCCAACACUUGCGACGUACAAUUAUUGUGUAUGAAAGGUAAAGCGAAACACAAAGCAUCGGACAACGCCAUUGUUUGGAAGAUGAAACGCAUGGGUGGCAUGAAAGAAUCUCAAUUAAGUGCAGAAAUCGAAUUAACACCAAAUGAUAAGAAGAAAUGGAAUCGUCCACCCAUUUCAAUGAAUUUCGAAGUACCAUUUGCACCCUCAGGUUUCAAAGUUCGAUAUCUAAAAGUCUUCGAACAUAAAUUAAAUUAUUCCGACUCGGAAACGAUUAAAUGGGUGCGUUAUAUUGGUAAAAGUGGCCUAUACGAAACGCGAUCUUGA